GUUAAUAGAUUAUACAAUAAAACGAGUUUAUGUUACAAAAUGUGUCGAUCCGUUAUCGCAACAAAUCAUUCAAAACAUAUUUUCCGUAGCAAUGAAGGAGUUUUGAAUUAAAUAAAUUAUAGUCAUAAAUGUAAUUGAAAGUCAAAAUAUGGAAACUAAUGGUCGAUCGGAGAGCACAGAGAGUGAGAGCGAACUGCAAUUGAUUUCGUUGUCCAUAAAGUCAUUCAAAGUAUUUGCGAUUAUAUUCUGUGGCUAUGUUUUGGGUUAUUUCGGGCUCAGUAUCGCAUGGAUCCUAAUCGCUGUAUUUGUAUGGGUUUUGCGAUACAAAUACUUCAUUCAACAGACAGAAAAAGUUAAUCUCUUGAGAUCUAUCGCUUCCAAUGAGAAGUUAGCCAUAACUUCUGCCAUCAAAGACUUGCCCUCUUGGGUCCACUUUCCGGAUAGAGAAAGAGCCGAAUGGAUCAAUAAGAUUAUGAAACAAAUGUGGCCUUUCAUUCACGAGUACAUGAAGACUGUCAUUAAACAGAGUAUCGAACCAAACAUCACUUCAGCGCUUCCAGACUAUUUAAAGAGUUUCAAAUUUGAAAAAUUAGACUUGGGUUAUGCCGGCAAUUGUGACAUUCAGGUGCGGGUAAAGGGCAUGAAAGCAGGCAUUAAGAACUUGCAAUUAUAUGGAUUAAUUCGGGUUGAGUUACGGCCACUACUUAAGGACAUACCACUUGUCGGAAGCGUUUCUUUCUAUUUUCUCAAUAAUCCUGCCAUUGAUUUCAAUUUAACUAAUUUGGCCGACAUUUUAGAUACGCCAGGCGUCAGUAAUUACUUAAGGCAUGCCAUCCAAGAGAAAUUGGCGGCUCUUAUGGUUCUUCCCAACAAAAUCGUUGUCCCACUCAUUGACGGCCUCUCAAUGAAAUCAAUUAAGUUUUUAGCACCGAUUGGAGUCAUUCGGAUGGAAGUGAUUGAAGCGAGAAAUUUAAAGAAGAGUGACGUCGGGAUGUUAGGUCUAGGAAAGAGUGACCCAUACGUGAGGCUCACAAUCGGAAGCCAAGAAUUCAAAUCUCCAGUCAUUUACAAUACAGUGAAUCCCAAAUGGAAUUACAUCUGCGAAGCGGUGGUCCAUCACUUGCACGACCAGAAUAUUGAGAUAGAAGUGAUGGAUGAGGACCAGGGAAGCAAAGAUGACUUCUUAGGCAGAGCUUAUCUCUCACUUAAGGCUAUAUCGGCCGAAGGCAUGAGUGAAUCGUGGCUUACAUUGAAGGACAUAAAAACGGGUGCCAUUCACGUGAGAACCACUUGGUUUGCAUUAAGUGAUUGUAUGGAACAACUCAACGAUUCCAUCGAAGAAAGUAAAUUAAUUAAAUGUAAAUACAGUCCCAUUGGAGGCACUGAUGAAUUCGAUGGACAAACAUGUGGUUCAGUGGCCGUUAUCACAGUGUAUUUGGACGGCGCCAGCAAUUUAGCCGUAAUUAGCAAAACAUCGGGAGAGCCCGACCCCUAUUGUCUGAUAUCAGUGGGAGGACAACAGCGACAAAGUAUUGUCCAGAGAUCUACUGCUAAUCCUAUUUGGGAGGAAACCUUCAAUUUUCUCAUUCAAAAUUUCAAUCAAGACUUAGAGUUAACUUUCGAUAUAAUUGACAGCAAAACAAAUCGAGACUUAGGAAGGGCUCAACUGAAGCUCCAGAAUGUUAUUUCAUGUGAUAACUUAUCAUUCAGUCAACCCCUUGCUAUAAAAGGUCGGGGACCUGACUCUAAGCUCAACGUUAAUAUUAUGAUGAGGAUAUUAAAACCACAGACAACCACACAUACCGGUGGGCCUCCAGUUAUACUCGAAGAACCCGUUGAUGAAAGUGAGGAAACAAAAGUUCCCACUUUGGAGGACAUCAUCAGAGGUACAGUGCAACCAAUCAUCGAUACGAGUGGUUUGAAAACAAAUUUCAUGGAUAAGUCACAAAUGGAUAGAAAACAUAGCGUUUCGAAAGCUAAUGGGUCUAAAGCAGCAGAAAAUACAGAUGAUUACGAUGAAUGUGAUUACCCAAGAAUACAACUAACAAUCACACCGUCAGAAUCUGAUAAUAGAUUAAGUCUUAUUGUGCAUAAAGCAGAGAAUUUGCCCAAAAUUGGUGAUAAGACUCCCAACCCUUACGUCAAGAUAUUUGGUACUCCGGAUAAAAUAUCGCGAACUCUUAGAGAUAAUAGUCUUAAGACUGGCACUAAAAGAAACACUUGUCAUCCGAUAUUUGAUGAAAAUUUUCAAAUGGAUAGAAAGUGGAAAGGCGUGGAAAUAGUGGUCUACUCUAGAAGUGGUUCAUCACAUCAUGUGUUCAAAAGAAAGGCUAAAAUAAUAGGAUUGGCGACCAUUGAGUUCACAGCAUUUGCAGAUAACUUUGAGCCCAUUAAAGAGUGGUAUGAUUUGGAACAACUCAAAGACUAAAUACCUUUUGAAAAAUCUCAAAAUGCUUGAAAUGUACUAUACAGUAAUGUACUAGGAGCUAAAUAUAACUUAUUAUUAUCAACUCAUGUCAUACUCAGUCAUUAAUUGGUAUCUUGAAAGCAGUCAUAAUUUAAUACUACCGGUAAUACAGUGAGAAUUUUGUAUAAAAGAUUUAUAACAC